AUGGCCAAAACAAAAUCCCAAAAGAGCCCCAAGAGCUCUGCCUCCAAACCCCAAGAAACCCCCGAACAACUCUACGACCUCGCAAUCCAAUGCAUCUCAACCUCUCAACCAGACCUCGCCCUCCAACACGCCCAAACCCUGCUCGUCACCGUCCGCCGUCUCAAAACCCCCAACGCCGUCCUCCCAGCCCUGAACCUGCUCGGAGAAAUCUGCAUUGAGCUCGGCGACGCAGAUGCAGCCCGCGACUACUUUUUGCAAGCUGUGGCUGCGGAUCCCGAAGGCAGCAUCCCAGAGGCUGUGGGCGGCGGUGCGGAAAAGUUUUUGUGGAUGGCGCAGUUGUGCGAGGAGGGUGGUGCGAGCAGUGUGGGGUGGUUUGAGAAGGGCGCUGCGGUGCUCAAAAGGGAGAUUGCAGAGUUGGAGGCUGCGGUGGGUGAUGUGGAUGAGACUGUCGAAGUGCAGUUGCUGGAGAAGAGGGGGAAGCUUGCUAAUGCUUUGUGUGGUGUCGUCGAAGUCUACAUGACUGAUUUGUCAUGGGAAACAGACGCCGAACAACGCUGCGAAGCCCUCAUAACAGAAGCCAUGCUCGUCGACCCCUCCAACCCCGAAGUCCUCCAAACCCUCGCCUCCGUCCGCCUCUCGCAACUCAAACCCGACGAUGCGCGCGCAGCACUCACCCGCAGCAUCAGCAUGUGGAAAGACCUCGACCCUUCCGACCCCAGCGUCCCUGAUUUCCCCACUCGCGUCAGUCUGGCGCGCUUGCUCAUGGAAGCAGAUAUGGAAGAUGAGGCUAUGGAUGUGCUCGAGAGGCUGGCGUUGGAAGACGAUCAGAGUGUUGAAGCUUGUUAUCUGGGGGGUUGGUGUUUGCAGUUGAUGGCGGAUAAGAAGAAAGCUUCUGAGCAGGCUAAAGAGGUGUUGGGCAUGCUCAAGGCGAGUAGGAGUUGGUUGUUGAAUACGCUUAGACUGUACAAAGUCUUGGAGUAUGAGGAUGAGAGACUCAAGCAGCAUACUGAGGAGUUGGUCGAGGCCCAAUGUCAGGUUUUGGGUCCUCCGCCUGAGGAGGGCAAGGAAGAUGAUGAGGAGGAUGAGUGGGAUGGUAUUGAUGAGGAUGAUGAAGUUGCUGAUGCUGAUGAGGAGAUGGCUGGCAUGUAG